GAACUAAUUAUAUUUGCAAUGCGAUUGAUCUAUAUUCCAGGCAUCUACAAUCGACGGUAGGCGAAAGGGUGCUUGCCUCUUUUGCCAGGAGUACUUUAUGGAUUUGUAUCUGUUGGCAGAACUGAAAACUAUCAGUUUGAAGGUUACAACGGUUGACAUGCAAAAGCCACCUCCAGACUUUCGCACCAACUUCGAGGCGACACACCCGCCUAUUCUAAUCGAUAAUGGAUUAGCAAUCCUUGAAAAUGACAAAAUUGAAAGGCAUAUCAUGAAGAAUAUUCCUGGCGGUUACAAUUUAUUUGUACAGGAUAAAGAAGUGGCAACACUGAUCGAGAAUUUGUACGUGAAGCUCAAAUUAAUGUUGGUAAAGAAGGAUGAAGCCAAGAAUAAUGCCUUGUUGAGCCACUUAAGAAAAAUCAAUGACCACUUGGCUAAUCGAAAUACACGUUUCCUAACCGGCGACACUAUGUGCUGUUUUGAUUGUGAACUUAUGCCGCGACUGCAGCAUAUCCGCGUGGCAGGCAAAUAUUUUGUGGACUUUGAAAUACCGACACAUUUCACUGCAUUAUGGCGUUACAUGUAUCACAUGUACCAAUUGGAUGCCUUCACACAAUCGUGCCCUGCAGAUCAGGACAUCAUCAAUCACUAUAAAUUGCAGCAGAUGCUAAAAAUGAAAAAGCAUGAGGAGCUUGAAACUCCUACGUUUACUACUUCCAUUCCGAUCGAUAUUACUGAGUAAUGCAGAUCUUUUGUAUGUGGUGUAAUAUGACCAGAGCAAGUUGAAACGUUAGCUUGCUAUAACCUUAGACCGUAUAGCAUUAAGAAGCCACGCCCCUGCUUUCAAAAAAUAAUUCCACUUUUUAUAAUACACGCUUGCGUAUACCCACUUACAAAAUAACAUGUGAAACAUAAAAUAAUAUUCCCAUUUUUUAAUAAUAUAAUUGAAAUAAAACCUAAACCAUAUUUUUUAUGUACUAUAUGGGUGUAUUCCUAAGAACAUAAAUACACAUAGUACACUAUUCUACAGUAGAUGAAAAAUAUUCAAUAUGCGUAUGCAGUUGCGCCAAUUACAUAGGAAAACGUCGAAUGUUGCUCUUCAAUUAUAUUUCUUAGUAAAGUUUGUUUUUGUAUUUAAUUUGCAAUGUGAGCACAGUUCAAUGGCGUCGUUUUUGAUAAAUGGGCAUAAGUAUUUGAAAAAUAUUUACACUAAGUGCGAUUAUUUUUAAUUAAGUUUGAUUUGUUGCCAACGUUUGAUUUAAUUGCAUUCAUUAGAAAUACUUUUUAAUGUUUACGAUAAGUAUUUAACAAAGAAUCCAAGAUUGACGAGGACUUAAAAAGUUCAAAUUAUAAUGAAGCAAGUAUGCCAUUACAUCAAAAUCAAGUACAUUAAAUUAUUAAACGCAAUACGUUACACCGUUUACAACCGUUUACAAUU